GGAUCGAUUCUGUAUUCAUCUCCGUCCCCCUUCGAUUGUUUCUUUCGUCGGAGAAUCGUGGAGUUCUCCGGAAUCUGAAGUUCCAGCUCCUUGGUGACUGGAUUCGGAGAUUCAGGACUUGAAACAAUGGCGACGCAGAAUCAAAAUCAAAACCAGAACAACGCCGAUCUAUUCGAUGCAUAUUUUAGGAGAGCAGAUUUGGACGGGGACGGCCAGAUCAGUGGAGCCGAGGCGGUGGCGUUCUUUCAAGGCGCAAACUUGCCCAAACACGUUCUCGCUCAGGUCUGGAUGCAUGCUGAUCAGAAGAAAGUUGGGUAUCUAGGUAGACAAGAGUUUUAUAAUGCCCUUAAACUUGUAACUGUUGCACAAAGCAAGCGUGAAUUAACACCGGAUAUGGUGAAGGCAGCACUGUAUGGUCCUGCUUCUGCUAAGAUUCCUGCUCCCAAGAUUAACCUUGCAACAACACCUGCACCACAGUCUAGGGUAGCAGCAUCUAUUCCACUGUCAAGUGGCACUCCAUCAGUGUCACCCCAAAAUUUAGUUGUUAGAGGAACACCUGGUCUUGGAAAUGCAAGCACAAAUCAACAGUUUUUGCCGUCACAACAAAAUCAAUUUAUGAGGCCACCACAAGCUGUGCCACCCAGCCCUGCAUCUCCAACACAACAGAUUACAGCAGCCAAUCUUAUGCCAAGGGGAGGUAAUAUUGUGGCGCCUCAUCCUCCUAGUUCCAAUGUUGAAACUAAUUGGCUGGGUGGAAGCGUGGGUGGUCCCUCAACUGGAGUUAGUUCCCAAGUUGCUAAUCAAGGUAUUGUUUCUUCUACAAACCAGGGUGGAUUUGGGAUGACAGUAUCAGGUUUGACAUCUUCUGUUCAACCAAGACCACCUGUAGCCACUGGACAGAUGGCCUUGACUGCUUCAAAACCUCAAGAUUCGUUAAUGCCAUCCAACCAGCAUGCAGCCAAAGAUUACCAAGCUUCAGUUAUUUCAGCGAAUGGUUUUGCCUCUGACUCACUUUUUGGAGAUGUCUUCUCUGCAACCCCUUCCCAACCAACACAAACUUCAUUGGCUGUUACAUCAUCUACAAGUAGCUCAGCUGUCUCAACAGCUUCAGUUCCUGCUUCUGGGCCACAAAUUUCAGCAAAGCCAAGUCCAGUUGAAUCUUUGCAGAGUAAGUUGACUCAGCAACCUGUGGCUGGUCAGUAUCAGCAAGGUCAUCCAACAGGAAAAGCCCAGCAGGUUGUGGCACAAAGCACUGCUGUUUCUACUGGAACUGGGAAUUUGGUUUCCGGUCAAUCAACUCAGGCCCAGCUUCCAUGGCCAAAAAUGAUGCAGUCUGAUGUUCAGAAAUAUACUAAAGUAUUUUUGCAAGUAGACACUGAUAGAGAUGGAAAAAUAACUGGUGAAGAGGCACGCAACCUUUUUUUAAGCUGGAGGCUCCCAAGAGAGGUAUUGAAGAAGGUUUGGGACUUAUCAGAUCAGGAUAAUGACAGCAUGCUUUCUUUGAGGGAGUUCUGUACUGCUCUCUAUCUCAUGGAACGUUACAGGGAAGGCCACCCCCUUCCUACCGUGCUUCCAAGCAGUAUGAUAAUUGACGAAACUCUAUUCCCCACCUCAGGUCGACCUGCAGUUCCAUAUGGGGGUGCAGCUUGGGGAUCUGGUCAUGGUUUACAGCAGCCACAAGUUAUAAAUGCUCCAAGACCUCCUUUACCAUCUGCUAGGGGAAGACCACCACGGCCAGCUACUGUUUCACAAACUGAUGCAAAUUUGCAGCUCAGUCCACGAAAGCCAAAAAUUCCAGUGCUGGAAAAGCACCUCAUUGAUCAACUUACCCAAGAGGAGCAGGAUUCACUUAACUCAAAGCUCAAAGAGGCAACAGAGGCAGAUAAAAAGGUUGAAGAACUGGAGAGGGAGAUACAAGAAUCUAAAAUGAAGACUGAGUUCUAUCGCGUCAAGAUGCAGGAACUAGUUUUAUAUAAAAGCAGAUGUGACAAUCGUUUUAAUGAGAUCACAGAGAGGGUGUCUGCUGACAAACUUGAGGUUGAAGCAUUGGCAAAGAAGUAUGAGGAGAAGUACAGACAGGCUGGAAAUGUAGCCUCCAGAUUAACCCUUGAGGAAUCCACUUUUCGUGAUAUUCAGGAAAGAAAGAUGGAAUUGUAUCAAGCAAUUGUGAAAUUUGAAGCGGGAGACACUGCUGACGGUGAUCUUCAGGAUCAUGCUAAUCAUAUUCAACAAGGUCUUGAGGAAUUAGUGAAAAAUGUAAAUGAACGUUGCAAACAAUAUGGGUUGCGCUCUAAACCCAUGUCAUUGGUUGAACUCCCAUUUGGCUGGCAACCUGGAAUCCAAGAAGGAGCAGCUGAUUGGGAUGAAGAUUGGGACAAGUUUGAAGAUGAAGGUUUCACAUUUGUAAAAGACCUUACCCUUGAUGUGCAAAAUGUCAUAGCUCCUCCAAAACCAAAAUCUUCAUCAGUUCAAAAACAAAGAGCUUCUACAAAUGAGACUGCGAAUCUGUUAUCUGUGGAUGCUGAUGAGAAGUCAGGGAAGACAAAUGAACGGAUCACUGAGGACAUGGAGAAUAACCAAAGUGAGAAUGGCUUGGAAAAGAGUUCUUCAGAUAGCCCAGCAGAAAAUGGUGCAGUGGAGAACAAAUCUCAAGAAUUCCAGGAUUCCCUAUCUGCUCAGAGUAGUGGUGAUGGUUUACAGCAUUCUGUGAAGACUAGUGGUGCUGAUGUUUCACCCCAUGCUAUGAAGACCAGUGAUGCUAAUGGUUCACCACAUUCCGUGCAGUUUGAUGGUUCACCUCAUGCUACAGAAAUUAGAAGUGACCAGGGUAGUGCUGAAUCUAUAUUUUCUGGAGAGAAAAGUUUUGAACCUGGCUGGGGUCGUUACGAUAUCCACUAUGAUCCAGACUCUCUAUGGGGUGUUGACAAUGAUAGUUCAAAGAAGCCAGAUCAACAAAGGCAUGAUAGUAAUUCUCUAUUUGGUCUUGGUGACUUCAACAUAAAGCCUAUAAAAAUCCAGUCCUCCAAUGCAGAUUUCACGUUACCAGGGAAGAGCUCAUUUACUUUUGAUGAAUCUGUUCCAAGCACUCCUGCCUACACAGAUAAUAUGUUCCAGGGGAAGAGUUCAUCUAGUUUUGCAGAUUCCAUUCCUAAUACACCUGCCUAUGCAGAUAACCUGUUCAAAGGGAAAAGUACAUCUGUUUUUGUGGAUUCUGUUCCAAGCACUCCUGCCUACGCAGAUAACUUGUUUAAGGGAAAGGGCUCAUCUAUUUUUGCCGAUUCUGUUCCAAGCACUCCUGCCUACGCUGAUAACUUAUUUAAGGGAAAGGGCUCAUCUGUUUUUGCUGAUUCUGUUCCAAGCACCCCCGGUUAUAGUUUUGGUAACUCCCAACGAGGGUUUGGUGAAGGCUCAGAUGAGCACUCAUUUGACAGCUUUUCAAGAUUUGAUUCAUUCAACAUGCACGAAAGUGGUUUCUCCCAAGGAUCCUCUCUUGCUAGGUUUGAUUCUUUCAGCAGCACAAGAGAUUACGAUCAGGGUCAUGGUUUUCCACUGAGCUUUGAUUCAUUUAAUGCACAUGAUGGACGUGAUGGGGGAGCUUCCCAGUCUCAACAUUACCUAGCACGGUUUGAUUCCACACGCAGCACCACGGACUUUGAUCACAGUCGUGAUUUCCCCUCAUUUGAUGAUGUGGAUCCAUUUGGUUCAACUGGGCCAUUUAGGACAACCCUGGAGAGUCAGACUCCCAGAAAGGACACUGAACAUUGGAGUGCUUUUUAGUCAGGUAGGAAACAUCUUAUAUUAUUGACUGUUUUCUUUUCAUUUUUAAACCGGGCGUUUUCUUUACCUGUGUGGCGGCCUGAUUCUUUCAUUUGUAUAUAGUAAGCAUAAGAAGUGACACUGCCCUGUAUUUUUGCCUGUGUGAUUUUGCAAACAUCUCUUCCCUUGCAAUCUGGUUGUUCUUUUCCUCUUUUCUUUUCUCCUUUUCUCAUUUUGACAUGUAAUAUUUUUCCUUCCAAAAAAUGUAGUGCCAAUGAUUGUAUUUUUAUGUGGAUUAUGGAACUCAAAUUUGUAUAAUCUCUUUCUCCAUGCAAUUGCCCAUGGGUUUGCAAUUUGCCAUUGCCUUUGCCUUCUCUUCUAUAAUUUUCCUUAGUUAUUUUUUGGUGCAUCUAACAAUAAGCUAUGCUAUAGCUC